CGCUGCUCGACAAGUGAGUAAAAAAUCGAUCGUGUCGUGAUUCGGAUCGUUCGCACGGAGAGGAAGCAACCGCGUGUUCGCGAUAAUCAUCAGUAACGUAAAGAUCGGUCCGGUAUAUUGAAUCGGUCGCGUUUUUAUUCACUCGUUGAUCGAUUGCCGUGCGGGAACCUAGGGAGAGGGAGAGAUCGGCCAUUUUCUACCGUAACGUGCGUGUCGCGAGUUCGCCGCCCGGCAUUUGUCGUCGUCGUCAUCGUCGUCGUCGUCGUCAGAAUUCGAUCGACGUUCCCUUGCGUUAAAAGUCUACGAGACCUCACAGUACCAAAGCAAACGUCAUCAUGUACGCCUGCAGCCGAUUCAUCGCGCCCGUCGCCAAAUCCACCUUGGUCUCCGGCACCAAGACUUAUCUGCGGCCACUGAGCAGUGCCGUGAUCAGCCACAGCCAGUACUUACAGCAGAAUCAAAUUCAGACACCCGUCAGUUUGUCACCAAUUGUGCGUAGCUUCCAAACUUCGACAGUCAGUCGUGACAUAGAUUCCGCUGCGAAAUUCAUUGGUGCUGGUGCUGCCACUGUGGGUGUAGCAGGAUCUGGUGCCGGCAUAGGAUCCGUAUUCGGUUCGCUGAUCAUCGGCUAUGCCAGGAAUCCUUCCCUGAAACAGCAACUAUUCUCGUACGCCAUUCUGGGCUUCGCCCUAUCCGAGGCUAUGGGUCUCUUCUGUCUUAUGAUGGCUUUCCUGCUCCUGUUCGCCUUCUAAGCCACAAUAUCUGCAUAAAAAAAUUGCUGAUAUAGUUUUAGUGCGUCACUGCCAAGGCAACGUCGUCUGGCUCUAUGGGAAAGGCGGCGGCUGUCUCUGGUGCGCGGGAUGUCAUGAAAUCAUUAGAGAAGCUCAGAUUUUCGUGGUUCGGUGGGGUUACGACGGCGCGGCAAUGAACAAGAGUUAUAAUUAAGAGCUAUACAUGUAGUUACAUGUCAUCGUUCGCGGAUCGUCCCGGCCCCCUUCCAAAUCUUCAGCUUGUUUGUAAUCAUUUCAUGGCCUACUGUCUCAUGUAGCGUAAAACUCACAUUGUUAUAAAAUAAUGGAUUUCAUUGUAACAAGAACGAAUAAGACAUUAUUGAAAGUUUAAAAAAAAAGCGACAGCCUCAUCCGCAUACCUAUGCACGCAUGUAGGUACUCAUACUCCGUUAUAGUAUCCUACGCGAGUACAUUUUUCGAAAAAAUCUUGUUACCUUAAAGGGUUCAUCAUUGUUGUGCCGUCGCGUAUGCACGUUGUUAAGAUAACUCUUGACGAUAAAAAAAAAAGAAAACAACCAAAACUGUACAGUGAUACCGAAUAAACAUCUUUGUCGUGAA